GUCGAAUUGAUUCUCAGCUGUAGCUCGCUAACGUAGGAAUACUAGUGGCUCUUCAGGGGCCACCUAGCUGAUUCAACUCCCUGUUCCGAUACAAUAUUCCAUGUAAGCAUUCGAUCAUCCAAGACGACGCGAAUAAAGUUAUUGGAAAGCAAAUAGGAGUCAUGUGUCUUUAUUAUCGGCGUUAAGACAUUAAAACCAAGUUUCAAAAGGACCAUUGCUUGGGGAACGGGGUAAAAUAACGAUAGUCCUCGGUAACAGGGCUUCGGCUAUACUAAUAAGCAUCCCUCCACAUACUGGGAUGUUCUCAUCAUGCCUAUUAUGGAAUGUGUAAUACGACCCCAGGUUAUCAACUACUUCCCCGCGAUUUAAGAGAUGGGGGUGGUCGAGAAUCCCCCGAAACCUUGGCUGGGGAAUUUGCGAUCGUUGACUUAUGUGAGAUGUGACCGCGAAAACGCGAAGACGCAAUCUCGAACAAAUAGCAGAAGAUAGAAGGUCGUGUAACGUUCAUAUACGACUGACGAUACAUCGGCCCGCAUCGCCCCUUGUGUUAUUGACAUCCUCUCUCUUUCAUCCUCUUGGCUUCCCAAGCACCUGGUACAGCUGAAUUAAAAGAAAAAAAAAAGAUGGCGUCAGAAGCCGCCGCGCAGAGUAAAGACCACCACCUCCUGCAUAGUCACGCGCACGAGGAAGACAUUCCAGGGACCGUGAAUCUGAAAGCCGCUGAGGGCGACGAUGUCGCGUACGGGCAAGCCCUCUUCCCGGUUCCGGCCGAGGAUCCCAACGACCCGUUGCAGUGGUCCAAUUUCAAGAAGACGAUGAUCCUGAUCAUCUGCUCUUUUUAUUCCUUUCUAGCGAACUCCUCGCUCAUCGGCCCCUCUCCGUACAUCGACCUUUGGGCCGAGGAGUUCGGGAUAUCGACGACCAAGGCCUCCGAAUUGGUCUCUUACCCUAAUCUGGCGUUUGGCUUUGGCUCCUUGAUCUUCGUGCCCAUGUACUUGAAGUACGGUCGCCGACCUGUAAUGCUGUUUUCUCUCGUUUCGUUUGCCGCAGGCUUGAUAGGAGCAUCUCGAUGUACCACGUACGGCGGGCUUCUUGCUGCGAGGAUAGUUCAUGGAUUCGGUUCUUGCGUUUGCGAGGCCUUACCCGUUCAAUUAGUGAAUGACAUAUUCUUCCUGCAUGAAAGGGGGAAGAGAAUCGGAUACUAUACAGUCUGCUUAUGUCUCGGAACCUUUGGAUCGCUUCCAGCUGGAUACAUGCUGGCUGGUGGUUAUGGCUGGAGACUGUUCUUCUACGUGGAGUUUGCGUUCGCGAUGGCGCUUCUCAUCCUAGCUUUCUUCUUUGUUGAGGAAACAUCCUAUAAUCGGAAGGCCUUCACAUACCCUUCGACGCCGCCAAACGAUACAGAGAAGGAGGGAGUCUCGGAAAUUGAAAAGGGGUCUCAACAUGCUGACCUAGUUGUCCCUCCUCGUAAAAGUCUCUUGCAGACACUAAGCCUGUGGGGAAGGGUCGACAACGACGUACCCUUCUUCAAGACAAUGAUUCGCUCGUUCACUUACUUCCUUGUACCGCAAUCCUUGUGGGUAAUUACUACUUUUGGAAUCAAUAUUGGUCUUUCGGCCUUGGCCUUCUCUUACACAUUCCCAAUUUUGAUCGUUUCGCCACCCUAUAAUUGGGCCGUCACAAACUCUGGACUUUUUGCUAUUGCUGCGGUGGUGGGCUACGGGUUGGCCGUUCCUUUUACAUCAAGUUCAGAUAGACUAGCCGCGUACUUCACCAAACGUAACAACGGUAUCCGAGAAGCCGAGAUGCGUCUAGGUGUGAUGCUGCCGGCAAUGCUAAUUGGGCCGGCUGGAAUUGUUCUCUACGGUCUUACCGCGGAAAGGGGUCUGCAUUGGAUAUGCUUCUUUGUGGGUGGAGCCAUGAACUAUUGGGCUGCGUACUUCUACUUCUCUUUCACGCUUGCAUAUGCCGUAGAUUCCUACUACGCUAACACAUCUGAGAUGCUGAUUGCCAUGAACAUCGGCAAGCAAGCCAUCAGCUUCGGACUCGGAUUAAAAGUGCUAGCGUGGGUAUUGGAGAGCGGCUACGCUGUCGUCAUCUCGGGAGCCUUUGGAGGCGUACUACUUCUAAAUAAUCUCUUCCUCCUGUUUUUCAUGAUCUGGGGUAAGAAGCUGCGGAAGUACCUGUCAGAAACGUGGCUGGCUAGGUUGCAUUUCCGAAGCAUUCGGGAGGUUACAACCCAUUAAAUGUAGAACGUGGACAGCUGGAAGACGGGGCACAGCGAUCAACAUUAGGGGCAAAUUUAUCUCCUAGAACCAACAUAUCUUCAACCAUGAAUACGGGAAGAGGGAAACGCGUGGAGAAUCUAACUAGUUGAGAUUUGUUUACCAAGGAAACUAGCAAUUCUAGAAAUUUUGAAUAGCCCUAUGCUGGGGAGUCGUACGAUCUUCGUUGGCCAGCCUUCCAAAAAACCAACUGCUGAGCUUAAAGCCUAGGAACCAAACUAAUGCAGCUCAUACAGGUGGCGGAUUCAGCGGAAGCGUUAAUGGGCUCCGCGCGGCCCCAACGGUCCGCAGCGCACAGAAUUCCCGCCCCUUUACCGCUGGGGCCGGUCAAUAUUGUUGAGUAUGAUUGUGUGUUCACCGACGAAUUGAUACCUGUUAUAGGAGAUUACACGGAGGGAAACUUGUAUUUCGUUUCAAUGUGACCAGGAGGCGAAUAAGGUCAUUUGCUGUCAACUUCAUACCUUAGCGGCUGGGACACUCUCGCUUUCCAAGGCUUCCGAGAG